AUGAGCCUGGGACAUUUCGACAGUCUUUUCGACGGCAUUGUUCCCAGUCUUGCGCGUAUUCUGACGAAACAACAUGGCAUCCGCGGUGGUGGAGAAUACCUCUUGAAAACCCCUGAAAAUGCCAUUUCCGAGACUCUAAAUUUCAAAAUGUCGCUAGAUGCCACGGCCCUCAAGAACUUGUGCCUUGGUGCGAGUUCCAAAGCCGCCUACUUUCAUAAUUAUCUGCCUGCUACUUAAAACGUUUUGACAGCCCUGCAGUCAGGUACAUGUUGGUUUUAGAUGUUUGUAGCACUGCCGUUUGAAUUCCAAAAAAUAUUCAUUCUAGAUGAGUAUUAAUGAAAUUAUUUUUGAUUUUUUUUUCCAAGGUUAGCCUUGGUGCACAAGCCUUGUCACUUAAUGGGUUUUUCAGUGAUUUUAAGGGAAUCUCAUGGAGGUAAGAAUUUAUCAUAUGUUAUUACCAUGUAGUCGGUUUUGAUUUCUAAAUUAUGUGGAUACUUUCACCCAUUGCCCAAUGACUGCGUAUUUUCUCAAAAUCUUAACUCAGCUUAGAGUUUACUGAACGACUGAAUGAAAAAUGCGACUGUCAAACUUAAGGCGAUUAUGGACAAGGGGUCCGUGGACCCCCACUUUGGAGCGGGUCUAUGGCAUUGGACCACUUUCAUGGACCGGGUCUAUGCACCCCCUGUCAUGGACAGGGUCCAUGGACACCUUUUUUUAAGUAAUGAGAAAUGAACAAAAACAGAAAUAGUGCAAAAACAGGAUUUAAAAAACAACAACAAGCAAUGCUCGAUUGAUCAGUAAUAAUCUCGAAAACCGGGUCCAUGGACACUUUUUUAUGGUUAGAGAAAGGUUUUGGACUGGGUCCAUGGACACUUUGUUUUAAUAAAUGAUCAGAAAUGAACAAAAACAGAAAUAGUGUAAAAAUAAGAUUUGACAAGAAGCUGGCAACAUAUUUAGUUGUGCUUACAUCACCCACACUCUGCUUGCAUUAAAUAUGUUGCGGCAGUUGCAAGACUGUUAAGCUAAUUCAAAAGUUAUCACCAAGGGAGGAAUUACGCGCUCCAGUACAAAGACUCACAUUAUCCUUAGAAAACAAGCUGUAGUUUAGAAUUCAUUGCUUUCAUGACUUAGUCACAUUGCAAUUCUCCAUGAUAGUUGUAGCCUGCGAAAACAUCCGUUUCUCCUUGCUCUUCGUCGCUGAGGACGUUUCGCGCGGAGGAACGUCUGCGACACAGUGACAGAAAUUCCAUACUGAUGACGCAGAUCAAUGUUUACAUAAUAAAUCCGGUAGUCAUGGGGUUCCAAAUAUAAAUUUGUCUAAUUUUGCGUGUCUUCUGGUCGAUUUUGGUAAAGUGUUGUGUUGAUCUGCCCACGAGCUCCAGCAAAACUCAAAUGCUUCUUCUAGAGAAGACUAUGUUGCACAAAUAUUGACUGUUUUGUUAGAGAUUCUUCGUGUUUACAUUUGACCUUUUUGGCCUUUUGUCAUUUGUCUGUCAUUUGUAAACAAUAGCUAAAACAAUGUAACUGCUCCGUCCACCAAUCAGCGCUUCUGACCAGAUUCUGGACAGAUUUUACGUCAUCAGUAUGGAAUUUCUGUCGCUGAGUCGCCGACGUUCCUCCGCGCAAAACGUCCUCAGCGACAAAGAGCGAGGAGAAACGGAUGUUUUCGCAGGCUAUGAUAGUUGAUGUACAGUGUAGCUUUAGUUAAAGCUACAAUCCUCUUCUUCAAGAUUUGGACAUCUGUAAAUCACUAUCCAUGGGAAUUAGUCAUCCUGCUUAAAACGCUAACAAGCUGGACCUAGCGUGACAAAACAUUGCAGUAACAAGUGACAUUCGCGGACAAAAGGAAAAUGGUUUAGAAUUAUUCAGAUCCAGGAGGCACUUUGAAGAAAUUAAACAACCCAAAACCCUUUUAAAAUCAGCCGCAAAAUGAAGAGCUUUACAUUUCAAAAGAGGUAGAAAAUCAGUAUGUGUGUCAUGAUCUCUCAGUAUAAAAUAAGGGGCAAUAAUUCACAUUUGCUCAGUCAAAACGUUUUCGUCCAAAGCAUAAUCUACCAGUCAGAGAAAACAAUUCGUUGGAACAAGCAGCAUUUUGGCAUGAGGUAAACAUAGUGUGUUACCUACCGAACCCCCCUUUUUUUACACUAUGUAAGCACAAUUAAUUAUUAUUACUGAUCAAUCGAGCAUUGUUUGUUGUUGUUGUUGUUGUUGUAAGUUGUCUUUUUAAUCUUAUUUUACACUAUUUCUGUUUUUGUUCAUUUCUCAUUUAUUUAAAAAAGGGGGGGGUCCAUGGACCCGGUCCAUGACAGGGUUCCAUUGACCCAGUCCAUGAAAGUGGUCCAUGGACCCGGUCCAAAGUGGGUCCAUGUGUUGUCCUCACCUGUUUUAAUCAUUCUGUGCAUUCUGUCAAUAAUUACUGUUAGCUUGUGUUUAUGUGUUUUAAUCAACCAGAUUGCUGGAAGAUUUAUUGUCCUCUUUUAAGGGAGACAGUUGACUAAAAUUAAUUACAUGCUCACCGGCUUAGUUGUGUGAUCAGUUUUUUCAUAUUUUUUAAUUUGAAGCAUUGGAGGGGAAGGAUAUUUGAACCAAUCCACAACAUUACCAAGUGAGUACCAUUAGUAUGCACAUAUGUAUUUACUCAUGUUAAUAUUUUGUGAUUUACUUUUGUCCAUAGUUUAAUUUAUUUUGCUUUGUUUCAAUCUCUUUAUCUUAAAAUUUAGAUUAGUUUGCCUUAAAUUAAUAGUACUUGUCCAGUAGGAUGAUUUUUGUACUCCUGUUUGUGACUUUAAAUCUGUAAUAAAACUUACCUGACAUCAAGAGUGCAAUAUCAUAAAAAAGUUUAGAACUUCAGUAAUUUCUGAAUUAUAGCAUAACAAGAGCAUUUUGAAACAUUUAUAUAGGUAGUAGCAUGAUUUGUAGUGAAAUUCCGAAAUUGUAAUACCUAGAUGAAACUUGAGACAAUUUGAAAUACAGUAAACACCCGCAUAUAAGAACAAAUGGAUUAAGAACACCAGGCUGAAAUUUGGUCAAUAAAGCCCAUUUUCAUAAGAACAAGAUCAGCCUGAAAAUUGUAACAUGUUCUUAUAAAAUGGAAAAAGUGUCAUAAAUUUAAAUUCAAAACAUGUAAGUUUAGGUUUGCUGUCAGAUAACUUCAUUUGUUAAUAUAAUCAAAUUACAGAAUAAUUAUUUAUUUUAUUUUCCUAAAAUAUGCUAAAUAUACCUCUAGCAACAUGUUUCGGAUAGUAUUACUAAAUAAAAAUUUAAGAACAUUUUAAGAACAUUUUGAGGCUGAUUUGUCAUUAAGCACUCGAUAAAUAAGAACUCAAUCAGCCUGACCUCCAAAAUCGUGUGUUCUUAUAUGCGGGUGUUUACUGUAUCACAAGUGGCAUUUAUUCCAAAUAUCACAUACAAAUCAUGCUAUUAUUUGUUUAUACUACUACCCGCAAAAGGUUUGUAAUUUUCACAUUUAGGUAUCUCAAAUUAAGCUGAAUGCUCUAAACCAAUCAAAUUGCAGAAAUUUCUCAUGUAGUAGUACAAAAUUACUAAUGAAAUCAUUGGACUGAUUGAUUUUGGACUACACUGUUGGACUUUUGAGGUGCUUACCAUUUACACAAACCACCUGGGUGGAAAUCUUGUGCAGAAAAAUAGAUCUAUUAAAUUUGAAGUGGUGGGUGAAUGACCCACUACAAAGUAAAUCCAAAUCAGCUGAACAGACUGCAAAGGGUGGAAAAAUAAAUGCACCCUGGGUUCCAGAGGAUAUUUUUUUCUUAUCGAUACUGAAGCCACGUUAAUGCAAAAAAAAAACCGCCGAGGAGAAAAAAAUGUUAUUUUCUCCUCGGCGCUUUGCGCCUCGUUGACGUGGCUUCGCCGCGAACCAUCAGUGUCGAUAAGAAAAAAAUAUCCUCUGGAACCCAGGGUAAAUGAAAUGAUGCGGACCAUUUGAUUUUCCAACCUGAAUUUCCGGUUUUCCCGUGUAAAUAGUAAGUACACUGUACCCUUGGUUUUUCAUGAUAUGACCCCCAGGACAUGUAUGUUCACACAACACAUACUUUUGUUGACUGACUGCCCCUGCGUCACCAAGGACAAUUCCAAAGCAGAAAUUAUAUUGAAAUGCUAGCGUAAUUGAAAUUGUUGUUCAUUCCAUACACUUUCAGAUCUAUAUCAUCAGACAGUUUAAUCCUCCACUGAAAUUAAGGUGCAUCAGUAAGAAGUCAAUCAAAGGACAACAUCCCUUAUAAUGAUGAUCUGAAUGUUGCCUUUGUUGGAGCUUCAGCAAGGUCAGAAUACAUACAAUUGGUACAAACAUUUUUGCAUUAUGUCGAGUGAUUUAAUAAUUUUAUUGUAACUUGUGAAUGUAGUUAAAAAGUCAAAAUUUGUCUUAUUCUUUGAUACUUUUAUUAGAGACCUUGAGAAUCAAGCAAAAGACUUGGUUUCAAGACUGAAAAACAUGAAGGUACAUGUAUUAUAUAUCUAAGCUACAACCAGCUGCAAAAGUACUUGAGACACCGUACCCUAUUUUGGCUUAAAUGGCGUGCCCAUGAUCUUGUGCUUGUGAACCCCCCUCCACCCCUUAUCAAACUUGCCAGACCAUGCUCAAAACUUAAAGGGUUACAACUUCGAAUGGAGAGAACGAAGUAGGUGAGUAUUUUCUUUUACAGAAGUGUGACUGUGGCAGCGAUUUGCAGUAAGGCCAGUUUUUCGUCGGAGUAUCUCAACAUUUUUGCACUGGUUGUAGCUUUAUUCUAAAGUCAUAGUGGAGGUGAUUGGUUAUUCUUUUAAUUAGUUAUUGGCAAAUUUGACGUAAGACCUCAAGUGUGUUAAAUAGGCCCAGUUCUGCAAGGUUAAUUAGUUAGCCCAAUAUAUAAUUUUAUGCUAUAAAGGCCAAUAAUAAUGGACAGGCAGAUGAGCAGGUGAAUGGCCAUGAUGUGACUGCCAAGAAUUCUCGAAUGGAUGGGUCACCAAAGUUUUUUGGCUUUUGGGGUACGUUUGCAGGAGCUCUGCUGUAAGUUAUUGCUAAUAAUAUUCAGACUUGUGACUGUCCUUGGGUUUGUUUAACUUACAGUGCAUUUAAUAAAAAUGUAAUUAACAGUUUUUUGUUUGUUCUGUUAAUUCUUAAAUAGAACAUUGAUUAUGGAAAUGACUGGAAACUUCUCACCAUGUGGAUUGGAACAGAAGAUCUCUGUCAAGUUUGCACAGACAUGGUAUGAUUGCUUUGAAUUGCAUUGUGUAUGUAAUCAAAUUAAAUUAAUUUGUGUCGUAUUUUGCCCCGGGCUCAUCAAUGUUGUGACUUCUAGUUCAUUCAGUUGUGCUAAUAGUGCUACUCAUAUAAAUUCAAGGAAUCACGAUUAAACACUUGUUUAUUAAGGGUGGUGUAAUAAAUGAUUGGUCUUGGAUUUCAUAUAUUAUUUUCUUAUUUAAAUAAGGAGGUAGUGUGGCCGAGUGGUUAGAGCACUGGACUUGCAAUCGGGACUGAUCCUGGGAUGAACAAGCCCUGCUCUAACUGUCAGCGGGGCUCGUUUUUGGCAGUCCCACGUUCAGCUCCUAAGCCAAGUUUGUAAAUUUCUAACUGAUUUGCUCGCAGCCAGUUGGGAUAUUCUAACUUGUUAUGCUAAUGUUUCAGUAAUUUUUUAUUUCUGUCCUUAAUUGUGGGCCACAUUUUAGACUAUGCAGUUACCAGAAAAUGAUUUUGUGUUAUCCAUUAAAAGUCAUACAAUUUUAAUUUCUAUGUAAUUUUUCAGGAUAAACUUGGCCCAAGGUCUUUCAACAACAACAGCAACAGCAACAACAAUGUAUUUAUUUAAAGAAAUAUAAAGUUUACAAUACAAUUGCUUUAAUGCUAAUCUAGGCAGGACAAGACUUGAAAUAAAGACGUUAUUAAAUUAAUACAUAAAAAAAAGAAAAGAAAAGAAAUACAAUAACAUACAGAAAGAAACACCUUACAUAUAAAUUCAAGUACAGGGGAACAUGUAAUGUGCACUCUUAAUUACCUGAAAGAGGAGGUAUGAUUAAAUAUUUUACCUUUAUUUUCUCUUUCAUUUUAGUUGAAACAAAUACAACAAAGCUCGUUACAAGGAUAUAGGAGUUUUUCUGAUACCUCUUCAAGUUUGCUUUUUUUGAAUGAACAGGUACCCUGUCUUUUUGUCAACUUGGUCCCACCUAUGGAUGUGUCUCUUAUGAAUUACAUGGAGGAUCUUCCAAGUCCUGUGAAAUCAUGGGCUGGUAAGUGAAUACAGAAUGUUUAGGUAACACUGCUUUGGCAUGGGGUGAUAAUUAGAUCAUUUCAGCUGCCAAAGUUGCGUGCAUAAUUUUCAUUCAUUAUCUUGUUGGGUUUCAUUUCCUGGGGUAGAUCGGUUCAAUUGAUCUUGGAAAAAGGUUGUUGACUGGUUUCAGUGAUUUGAGCUACAUGCACUUUGAUUUUUUAAACCUGAGGCUGACAUUGUAGCAAUUGUCAGAAAUUUAGACUUAGUGUAAUUAAACCCAUUAGAGUGUGUUAUAUUGGAUUUGAGGCUAGGUUACAGGUACGCAAUGUUUCCAAGAGUUGUGCAGUCAGUCUGGUACACUUCUUGUGAACUGUGGUUUUUCUGAAACUGUUAGUUGUUCAGUUCAUUAUUUUCUAUGAGUUAUAAUCCGUGGCAGUAGUCUAAACCUCCCCUUACCUUUUUUUGUUAUAAAGUAAUACUCAAUGUGAUUGCUGUUGUGUUCUAUUUCUUUCAGGAAUUCAUGCCAGUGCCUGAAGAAAGGUGGCGAGAAGAGCCAAAAUUUCCCAAGCUGUGAAAAAUUACUAGAUAACUGUUCGUGUGGCUCUAAUAAGGAUGGAACGCCUGUUACAGAAUAAAACUUUGAAAAACCUUGAGAUCUCGUUUUUAACAGCGGGUUAACAUCGUUUAGAAUUUGUGAUGUUCCUGUAGGAGGUGUCUUUGUGGUUAUUAAAGUUUAUUUAAUUGUCGCUUUUAGCGCCUCUUGAGGGAACUAGUAAGCAGUUGUCUGUAUGACACACUGAAGUACUUUGCGGUGGUUAUUCAACCUGCUCUUCAACUGCCUCCGAAAACUAAGGUACUGUAGGCUGCUCUUUUGUUAUUUAAUUAGUUUCCGUUAUCAGAGUGUUCAUAGUCAAAGUUGCCAGAAAAUAACUUAUGCCUCUUACCCAGAUGUCGCUCAUGUAGUUUAUUGAUAUUUCUGGUAGUAAGCGGAGCUUGUUGAGCAUGAUCUUGGGAAAAGGUCGAGGGCUGCUCUUUUGGCUUUGUUUUUCACACAUCUUUAUACCCAACUAACGAUCCUGUUCACGGAUUAAGACGGACUUUAUAGAACGUUUUCACUCUCGUAGCCAGCGUCUAUGAAAAUGUCUGGGAAAAAAGAAAGCUUUUACGUAAGAAAGAAGUUAAACUCCCACAGGAUUUGUCUGGAAGACCAACAUGGCCACUGUAAAAGUAUCUUGCACCAGUGCGGAAGUGGGACUUUAAAUACCUUCUCUUUGAUACUCCCUUUCCCCCAAUUAAAGCUCGCUUUAAACCAUAGUCUCUUCUUCAAAAGGGCAUUUAUAUAGCUUCCCAUGGGUCCACCAGGGCUCGUUAUCAUCCAGCAAAGCCAGAAGUUUUGAAUCAUUAUCUUUACCUUUUCUUCCUGUAGGAUGGCACGUUAGUUGAGGAAUUUUUCGGCUUGGACUGUUUGCACUUUUCAGCACAGGGCCAUACGGCAGCAGCUCUAGCCUUAUGGAGAAACAUGGUAUGGUAUUAUCUAAUAACCACGCCUAUGCUCUUUUCUGUCUAUGCUUUCCUCUUUCUUUACUUUCUUUUAUAGAGAUAAAAGUUCUACAAGUCAUACUACUAAUUUGAUGUCUUAAAAGCGUUAAGUGUGGAAAGGAGUUUACUUAUAGGCUGUGGGGUCAAGCUUCCUACUAAAGCAUGUUUAUAACAUGUAACAUGUUCCCUUAUCCAUUGUUUGCAGUUGGAGCCGUUUGGUUCUAAAACAAAAGACUCGGGAGAUCAAGAAAAUCUCAAGUGUCCCACAAAGGUUUUUUUCAAACUGUACCAGAUUUUUCAGUUGACUUAAUUCAUGUCCAAAACAAAUGGUCUUGUCUCAAUGUAGUUAAUCAGUUAAAAGUCAGCGUAACUGUUGUCAUUCUGACGAUUUGUCCAAAUGUAGCCGUUUACCGCUCCACUAGAGCAGGUAAACGCCUCUUUAUAAAGCUGGCACUUCCACUGUUUAUGUUAAGUAAAAAGUACGGACAUCUCUGUAAUGCAGACACUUGGCUCUUCCAUGGCAUAGGGGUAACUAUUACUUUGUAACUUUAUGUUUUCAGGAAAACCCAUACUUAUUCACUAAAACAAACAGUAACACAGUUAUGAGUGAACUGAUCAGUGACGAUGACCAGGACUCUGCCACAGAUGACUUCCCUCCUGCCGCCGCUGUAGCGUUAGCUGUGUGUUUAACAGCUCUUGUGGUGAUUGUUGUUGUUUUUGUGUGGAGAACCCGGAAGUCAAGACGAAGACCGGAAGCAAGAAAACUUCUCUAUGCUCUCGGACCACACAAACCAAGGAUUUGAGUUACGGGCGCGCUAAUGUAGAAAUUGUCUUUUAAGCUGCCCAGAGUGCUGUUUUUGGUUCAAGCUCUCUUAUACCUUCAGCUCUCGUGGGAGCAGACGAUGGGAAGAGAGGGGAAAGGUGUUGAAUCGAGCGGCUCGUGCUUCUGAUGUUCCCUCGCUUCUCCCGCUCCGUGUUUUCUCCAUGCUUCUCACGCACCUACAACGCCACCUCAGUGAGAACUCCGUUAAACAAUAAGGCUUAAUUACCUCGGCACAUACGGUACAUAACUUAGUCCAACUGUCUGCCAUUUCUAUAAAUUAACGGUGAUGUCAAACGAUAAAAUUCUCGCUUUUAAAUGCGCAGGAAGACGGAACAGUUAGUUAUCCUUUCUCAAUUUCAACUUGAAAAAAAUCAAGCCCGGAUUCAAAUCAACUGGCUUGACGAGCUUGAAUUUAAAGAAUCCAGCACGUUUUGACCUAAGUAUUACAACUGAACAGCCCGGCACUUUUUCAGACAUGCUUAAAGAACUAGAAUGGGGUACUUUAGAAACAAGAAGAAAGACAAACAAUAAACUAGUACCUAACAGUGAAAAAAAGAAAACAUGAAAGUAGAG